UUUUUCAUUUCGUUCCUGUUUGAGUUUGUUUACAUUGAGGCAGUUCGCGCAUUUUAUUCUGUUUGCUGAAGGCUUCUGGCUUCAAAUCUUGCGUAUUUUGCCGGAAAUUUGGCAGAAUUGAGCGUCGGAGAGUUGAGACUUGGCAAAUUCGAGGACCAUGAAGCUCGAGUCGGAUGAUCAGGGCAAGGAGGCGGCCACGUCUGGUGCCUCGGCCGGUGGUUCCAGUGAACAGGCAGACUCGAAAACCGCAGGCCAACCGCUUGCAGACUUUCUCAUGCAACUCGAGGACUACACGCCGACGAUCCCUGAUGCGGUCACUGCCCAUUACCUGAACAUGGCUGGCUAUGAAACCUCAGACCCAAGGAUGACCAGACUGGUGUCGCUGGCCGCCCAAAAGUUCAUCUCGGACAUUGCCAACGAUGCCCUGCAACACUGCAAGACGCGCGGCUCGGCGCUCCCCAACAAGUCCAGCAAAACGACCAAAGACAAAAAGUACACUCUGACCAUGGAAGACUUGGCUCCGGCUCUCAACGAGUACGGAAUCACGGUUAAAAAGCCGCCGUACUUUGUUUAGUCGCAUGUCAUUAUGAAAAAGGCUGUUUUGUAAACCUAAUUGUACUGCAAUAAUUUUCGUGUGCUUCAAUUUAAUUAAGGUAAUAUGUAAAAGAGAAUGAGAAAUUCUUGAAUUAAAAAUAAUUAUUGAAAAAAAAUCCAAAUUUUUGUAUAUUAUUAAUUAUUUUAAUUUUAAUCAUUAUAUUUAUAAAAACAAAAAUAUUUUGAAAUUUUGUAUGGAAUAAUACACAUUUUUUUUAAAGUCUA